GGAGCUGUCUUUGGAGAACCACCAGGAGCCAGGCCAUAUCAGUACACCAGCUCAGCUGCAGGAAGAGCAGGACCAGCAGGGCCCCACACUGGAGACAACAGAGGACCACACACAGCAUGCAGAGGUAGACUUACUGUGUGCCAAAGAGGGGAUGCGAUGUGAAUACUGAACACAAUGGAUGAGUGAAUGUCUGAUUGAAUCAAUGCAAGAUUUCUUGGGGUCUGGUUUUGUAGAGCAUCAUCGAAAACCUGCAGAGGAAGAUCACGUCACUAGAGGGCGCUAUCACCAAAGUGACACCUGUAAGACCACGACUGAUACCACUAUAUUGCAUUCUAAUUCAACAGGCAUAAAGAAAAUAGUAUAAUCAAUAGCCUACAUUUACCAUCCACCCUGGCUUCUGGGUUCUGGGCUAUGUCUCAGGAUAGCGAGUCAGCAGACACUGAACCAAUAGAACUUGAGACCCAGCUGAACCCCACAGUAGAGCAGAAUCAGGAGCAGGACCUGCAGGCCUUACUGGACCAGUUGCACCAGGAGAGAGAUAGUCUGAACAGACUGGUGCAGAAGCUCAGCCUCACAGAGAGAGAGCAGGUCCUGUUCACAGAGCCAGGCAGCAGGGGGAAACGUGGCUCUCGUCUGGACAGCUUCUUGCGGAGCGUGGAGGAGGAGAGGGAUUAUUACAGACAGGAAGCAGACAGCCUGAGGAGGAUGCUGAGGGGCAGGUGCUCCUGUAGCCCCUGUCGGGGGCACCUCCAGAGCCGCAGCCCCACCCGCCAGUCCCCUGUCAAGGGGGGCAGCUAUGAUUCUGAGCUGAUCAGGGUCUUGAGAGAGCGGGACGAGAUGCAGAACAUGCUGGAUAAGUAUGAGCGCCACCUGUCAGAGAUCCAGGCCAACGUGAAAGUUCUGACUGCCGACAGAGACAAGACCAGCAUGCACUACCAGCAGGCCCAGCAGGAGGUAGCGUCGCUGCGUCGCGAGGUAUUGAAAUCCAAGUCGUCGCGCGCAGCUAAGAGCAGUGUUACUGUGCCGGCUCAGAGCAUCCUGAAGCGCGUGGAGGCGGAGAGAGACGAGGCCAAGGUCGACCUCCACCGUAUGAGCACAGAGAGGGACAGUCUGAGGGAGAGACUUAAGAUCUCUCAGGAGACAGCCAUCAGUGAGAGGGCUCAUCUGGAGCAGAGGGUGGAGGACCUGCAGACAGCCAUUCUCACUCUGGAGCAUGAGCGGGGGGACCAGAAGAGCCGUCUUGCCCUGAUGAGGGAGUCCAUGAUGGGGCUGGAGGAGGAGGUCCACACCCUGGGCAGGAAGCUGACCGCUGCUGAGGACGAACACAGCAGGACCAGGAACGAGUGUGUCAUGCUGAGACUGUCCAACAGUGAGACACAGAACGCCCUGAGUGACAGCCAGCGCAGACUGACCUCCCGCAUCGGAGAACUACAGAACUCCCAGGAGAGGAACAAACUGCUGGACGAGAAGAACGACUCUCUACUGAGGCAGAUGUCUGGUCUAAGAGAGGAGGUGAGCAGUCUACAGUCCACCAUCACUGACCUGGACCAGAGGAGAGACUCCCUGCAGGAGCAGCUGGAGAACAAGACUGACCUCCUUAACUCAGCCCACAACCAGCUGGACGACAAAGAGAAGACCAUCAGGAAUCUCAGGUUGUCCAUUGAGGAUCUGGAGACAUCAGCAGAGAGCGUUCGUGAGGAGCUGGCAGGACGGGAGAGGGAGCUGGAGGCUUUGAGGAGGAGGCUGGGGGAUGCGGGGGAGGAGCUGGGGGCUUUGGCCAAGGUGAAGGAUUCCACCCUGAGGGAGAAUGCUCAACUCCAAGAGGAACUGGACAUGAGCCGCCUCAACAACCAGGCCCUGGAGCUGAAUUCUGAGGACUCUGCCCAGGAGGUGAAAGAGCUGCAGAGGAAGGUACAGGACUAUGUGGCUGACAUCUCCCGCAUCGAGAACCUGCUGUCCACCAAGCAAUCAACGUUUUCAGACUGGAGUUGGGAGCGGGAGUGCAGGGAGCACCAGGAGGCUCGGCGGCGUGCGUCGGCCCAGGCUGAGAGCUGGGAGGGGCAGGCGCGGCAGGCGGAGGGGAGCAUCAGCGAGCUGAGGCUGGAGCUGAUGUCCUCAGACAUGGAGAGACGCAGACUCAAGGAGAAGGUGGAGGCUCUGGAGGCCAGUCUGCAGGAGGCGUUGUCUGCAGAGCGGAGCUGCAGCAGCCAGGUGUCUCAGCUCAACAGGAGUCUGCUGCACACUGAGGAGCAGUUGAGACAGACCCAGGGGGAACACACCGCCACUCAGACUGACCUGGAGAAGACCAGGGAGCUCUGUGUCAAACUGGACUCCAGCAAGGAGGCUAUGCACUGUGAGCUGGAGCUGCUCAGGAAGCAGCUGUCCAGUGAGCGUCUGAGCAUGAAGAGCCUGGAAUCCAUGCUGGUGUCCACCAGGGAGAAGGAGCUACACCGACAGCUCAGCUCCCAGGAGAGACACACCGAGAUCCAGCUGCUCAGGGACAAACUCGCCGCGGCCGACAGCAAGGCGAGCUCUCAGCGUAGAGAGGUGGCUACAUUGAGUACUCGUUCGGCACAGCUAGAGGCUGACCUGGACAUGACCAAAAGACAGCUAUCUACUGAGCGGUUUGAGAGGGAGAGGGCAGUGCAGGAGCUGCGUCGUCAGGGUCUGUCGUCAUCGUCCUCUGGACUGCAUCCCUCCUCCCCUCACCUGCGUCGCUCCCUCAGCCCCAGCAGGCCUCUGUGGUCCACCCCAGACCACCUGGCCAGAGAGAGAUCCCCAGAGAGGAGCCUGGGGUUCAAGGACCUCUACGACUGAACAGAUCUCUCUCUAGAGGAAAGAUAACCCAACCUUCUCUCUAGUCCUCACUGUGCUGUGAUGUCAUUCUUCAACUCAAACCUGUGAUGUCAUGAUCAGGACCUCAGGUUCAGAACAACCCUCCUAGACCGGAAAUAGUUUCAACAAGUGUUAUCUCAAAUGUAUGUUUUAUUACAUUGUACAAAUGAACUGACAUCACUGUGUUUGGUUGUGUAUUGAUCUGUAAAAUGAGUGACCAUUCAGUAUAUUUUUGAUGAAGAUUUGAUUCAAAUGAACUACAGCUAAAAGAGGGAAAUGAUGUUCUUUCAUUAAUGUAUUCUAUUUUUUGUAAACAUUUCUGAGAGAAGGGCUUUAAUAAAAAUAAUAAUUUUUGUUCUGG